CUAAAAAAAUACUUUUAUUUACUGUAUUUUAUGAAUUUUGUUCGGAACAUUCAAAACUUUUUAAUGGAGAAUUCUUUAAAACUUUUUGAAUCUUUCCUUCUUUGGAGUCGUCGCUCAAAUACGUCGAAAAUUUUGAAGAUGAAUGAUUUGUUGUUAAACAAAAAUAUUUCCGAAUUUCAUUCAAAACAAGAGAAUCGUUUGUUUGCAACUUCAGCUACAAAAAUGGCUGCUAGAAAGCCGAUGAUUAAAUUUUUGGGUCGACGUUCUCCACAACCUAAAUUCGAUCCUUCCAUUUCAACUACUCAACAGCAAAGCAAGCAACCAAACAACAAUAAAUUGGAAUCUACAGCAAGUAUUGAAUUCUAUCAAUUACCUGAACGUUAUAAACCCAAACCUUUGAGUGAACAAGAAAUCCAAAUUAUUAAUAGUGGAGGGUGUCCAAACUAA